AUGUCAUCCAAAUUUGACGAACUUAGGCAAAAAAAAAAUGCUAGAAUCAAGGCUGAGAAUAUGGAGUUAAGACGGGAGCUUAAUUCCAGAAACAACGAGCUGAAGAAAACUGUAGCAGAUUCUUCAGCCAAGAUUGGUAAACUUAAUGCCAAAAUAGUGGAGCUAGAGAAAUAUAAGUCAGCUAUCAAUAAACUCGAUUCUGAUAUGGAUCAAUGUGAUAAAAAGUUACCAGAGGGGGGAUCAGAUAUAUCGGAUAGGGAAAUAAACGUUUUCUUGAAGUAUAAGAAAAAGACACUAGAGAUAUUUAAUCAUGCGGCCCGGAAAUCUGACAGUAUAGGUUUGGUCCCUUUGGGACCCAGGACUAGUAUGAUUGAGCAUUUGGCUCAGUUAUGUGAUAAAGCACUUAUCGCAGAAGAGUGUACUUUAGAAGCAAAUCAAGAAGAAAUAUUUUGUUGGCAUUACUAUGGAAGAAAUUUUGUAUUUCAGUUGAAAGCCUUAUGUGAUAAAGUGAAAAGAAG